AUAUCCUACCGCUGUCAUUGCUGCCGACGGUCAAAUUGAACACGAAAUGGUGGGUGGUCAACGGACAAAAAGAAGAGCGGCAAAUGCGCCGAGAACGACACAGAAUCAAAAUGAAAACGUGUCGGAAAAGUCCAAAAAGCAGAAAAUUCAAAAAGUUGUGGUUUCUUGUGCCAAGAAGGAUCCAGAAAAACUGAGUACAGGUAUUUUCAACGACACUGAUGAUACUGAUCAUCAGACAGUUCUCCAGUUCAGCGCAGCAAUCAGCAUACUCAAUAAAUAAAUAGAGGUUACUCCUUAUCUAAGCUCCUCAUAGAAAUCCAAUGCGUCCUGAUAAAAAAGGCAAUAGAAGACGUGAUGAGAGGAGGAAUGGACCCAAAACGGCACCGCCAAAGCCUGCAGGGUCUCAGAAGCCUUCAGGGCACGUCCAGAAGACCCCUGCGGUGGCACAGCCGACUCCCUCCGUAGCGCCGCAGACCCCGGCGGCUGCGCCGCUUCCGCCCACGGACAGUCAGGGUCCGCGCGUGCUGGAGCCGGCCGCGCCGCCGCCGUCGGACACCGCGCGCUACCGGCGCCGCGAGAUCCACAGCAACUGGCACCGCUACGAGGAGGAGCCGGACGCGGAGACGACGACGCUGCCCGACGAGGAUUUUCUGCGCGGCGACACCUUCGAGGAGCUGCUGGCCGCCUCCACCGGGGACGCCGGCCACUUUCAGCUGCGCAGCGAGCGCUCGUGGCUGGAGUCGGGCGCUGGCGGCGGCGCCCGCAGCAGCCUGCUGACGCUGGAGGCGUACCGGCCGGCAGCGGCGCUCAGCUGCCUGCCUCUGCCACGGCGACUCGGAGUGGACGAGCGCCACUUCACGGAGGAAGAACUCCACCAGUUCACCCUCGAUGCCGACACGUGUCAGUCAAGUGCGGCUGCCUCGCGCCCCGCUGAGCGCGCCGCCACCCCUGCCGGGGAACUGAGGCCCGCCACCGAGCGGCCGACGGCGGCGGCGGAGCGGCCAUCGACCGUCAACGGGGCGGUCACAGAGGUGGCGACACCUGCACAGGCGGCGCCGUCGUUGGCCGUGGCGCCCGCAGCAGAGCCGGCUGCGCCACCUGUGGAGGCGCCCGAGCCCCCGGCAGAGGCAACUCCACCUGCCGAGAAGACAGUGCCGCCCUCCAACCGGCCGGGUGGAGAUGUUGCGCCGUUGCUGGCGACAGAGAGCGUCAAAGGACCGGCCCCGGCGCCGGCUCUGCUGCAGGACGACUGGUUAGAUUCGGUGCUCUCGGACGAGGACUGAGACCGGGAGCCUACAGACACAGAAGCCGUGAACCUGCAGGGACUGAGGACCGAGAGGCCGUGAGUUCUCUCCGUCCUCAGUGAUCGUCCUCUGUGGCCUUCUGAGGACGGCCCCUCCGUGAGAGGCCACCCAGUCGACUGAGGAGUCAAGGUCUGACAGUCCAGAGCACGGGUCCCGCUGAGACCACGCCAUGUAAGCGAAGACUGCGGAUCUGGUUGUGUCUAACCGCCGCUCUGUGGACGGCCUACCUACCUUCACUAUCCGCCUCGACCUACCCGCCCACUAGAGUUGUAGCGACAUAUACCGUUCUCCUUCCUUAUCUGCCUCUCGGAUUCCCAGCUUCCUAAACGGACUGUGACUGUCCAGUCUUCAGUGUAUCCCAUGCAGUGUGACGUAUUCGUUAAUACCCAUCAACGCUUCAGUGCGAGAACUAAGCACUAGCCGUACGCAUACUGCGUGUAUCCAUGUGCGUGUGGAUGUCGUGUGCUGUGUUUGCUGAUGUGUGCGGAUUAGGUGCGGUCCCCCGUCACUGCAGGGCGACUUUGAAUCUCUGUUGGACGGGUUUGGUGCAUGAAGGGAAACGUGAUCGGACCGACGCACUUGAACUGGUUUGUUACGGACUGCUGUCGUUGUUAUGUGACAAUAUAUAACCGGCUGUGAGUACACAU